CUCGGGAGCGCUUGGGCAUCUCGAAACCUUGAAACCAUGCCAUUCACACGAUUUGCCCCAGAAAUACUUCUUCAAAUUGCGUCCUGGAUUGACACUGAAUCUGAUCUUGCAUCUCUUGUUCAAGUCAACCGUGAUGUAUACAACACACUUAUCACAGAACUUUACUUGCGUAAUGCAAAGAAUCCGGAAAAAUCAGCUAUUAUCAUCGCAGCUCGAUCAGGAAAUUGUUCCGCAUUAAAGAGAGCCCUUCAAGCCUGGACAGUUGCUAGAGGUCCUUCCGAAUUGCCGACUUCAGGUGGCCCCUCAAAAUAUACGCCUCUGUUUUCGGCAGCAAUACGAGGACACCUUGAGGCAGUCAAGAUACUUCUGGAGUAUGGAGUCGAUCCAAAUGAAAGGGACCGAUCUAUGCGUACGCCACUUAACGCGGCGAGCACACGUGGGCAUACUGCAGUGGUUGAGGCACUCCUAGCUCAACCAAAUAUAAAAGUGAAUGCGUACGACACGGACAAGCAAACUCCAAUAUGUGGAGCUGCACGAAAUGGCCACGCAGAAAUUGUGAAGAUGUUACUAUUAGCUGGUGCUCACGCCGGUUUUGUGCGCAAAACAGGAUGGCAGACCCCUCUUCAUUCCGCUAUCCGGCACAAGCAGGCCGAAUUAGUCCGUCUGCUCGUCAACCGGGACGAUGUUGAUCCAAACGCACUAGGUUCAAAUGGCACCCCAUUAGAGACCGCAGUCGAGGCGAACGAAGAGGACUUAGUGAAAAUUCUGCUUACAGACAAGCGGAUAAAUCCGGACCUAACAACGCGCUCGAUGUUUCGGACACCGUUGUUAGAGGCUGCGUUAAAAAAUAACGACGCUAUGGUUCGCCUUUUACUCGAGGCUGGUGCAAACAAAGAGAUCCAGGAUUCUACAUCUCUCUCACCUGCUAUGUUACUUGAUGCGCCUAGUGCAGAGGCUCGCCAUAAACUCAUUCGAGAGCGAUCGUUGACGGGCAUGAAGGAUCAUAAUGCAUCUGUAUUACGGAUGCUUUUAAGUCGCGAUUUGUCUGAAAAUUGACACGCAGAGCAUCUCUCGAUGCCUUCUUUGAGAUGGAUCGAUAACACUCUGCUUUUUCUCUUACAUGAUUCCUCACUUUUUAACUCUCUUUCCGAGUGCACUGCGCAGAAGUCAUCGAUGUUUCGGUUUAGGUACAAGGAAUAUUAAACUUCAUACAAUUGCUUCCUCUCUCCGUGUGCCGAGAGAUCUUGAUACUAAUCGAUAUCCAUCGGAUCACUAUCCUCA